CUCAUUAUGAUCCAAAACAACCAUUUGGCUCUCCCUACGACUAAGCUUCAUAAUAAUAUAAAGACAAAUUCAUGGCUGAUUUCACAGCAGAUUUGCAAAGCUUUAGGCCACCAUUUCCUUUCUUAGAUAUUGAUCCAAGCAUGGUGGCGUUAAGCCAAUUCACAGAAGUAAGUCAAGCCAUCCUAGAUAAUCCAAGCGUGAAUAAUAUUCAUAGCUUCAUGCCUUUCACUAGUGACAACUUCUUCAGCCAUCAAGCACCAGAAUUCCCUGGAAACUUAGCGGAAGGUUUUGCUGGUAUUUUCCAUCAAAACGACCAGAACGUUAUGCCAGUUUCUCAGCCCUUUACCACACCUGGAAAUGAAAGCGAAUUCCAAGAAAGCAAGAAGAGAAAGGCAAUGGAUGUGUCUGAAAGCAGUUCUAUGAACUCAUCUCCUCAAGUUUCUGAGAGUGGGAGUAAGAGGAGAAAUGUAAAUAGCUCAAGAAGGGGAAAGGGAGUGAAAAGCAAUGAGGAUGGGAAACCAAAAGACGUUGUUCAUGUUAGAGCUAGGAGAGGUCAAGCCACUGAUAGCCACAGUUUAGCAGAAAGGGUUAGAAGAGGAAAAAUCAAUGAAAGAUUAAGAUGCUUGCAAGAUAUAGUGCCUGGCUGCUACAAGACCAUGGGCAUGGCAGUAAUGUUGGAUGAGAUAAUUAAUUAUGUCCAGUCCUUGCAAAAUCAAGUUGAGUUUCUAUCCAUGAAGCUCACUGCAGCAAGCACAUUCUACGACUUCAACGCGGAAACAGAUGCUAUUGAAACAAUGCAGAGGGCAAAAGCACAGGAGGCAAAAGAGCUGCAAAGAGCUAUGAGAGAAGGAUCCGGAGGGUUUGCUCACAUCCACUCAACAUGGUCCCUCUGACUUUAAUGUUUGGAUGUUACUCCUUGUUUCCGAACAACACAUGAAGAUUCUCUAUAUUUCCCAACUACUUCUACUGCUAUUAUUAUUAUUAUUAUUAUUAUUAUAUUUUUUUAAACUUCCAAUAUCUCAAGAUUAGAUCCCACUUCAUGCUAUAUAGCAAGCACAAGUGGCAUAAUUGUUCAGUACGUCAAACUUGGUCUGGGAAUACAAAUUUAUUGACAAGAGCCUUCUUGACUCA